AUGGAUGUCUUGUCAAAAAGAUUCGCUCUCUUCGGCUUUAUUGCUGGGUGGAGCAUCGCAACCUCUGCUGAGACUGGACCUACCUUCCAGCUUGCACUGGUACUCGUCUCAUGCAUAUACUUUCUCAACGACAAGAUGAAAGAACCUUGGCAGGGCGUCUGCUACAGGGCUUGGACUCUUUGCGAGUGGCUGGAUAGUAGGUUCGCUGGUAGUCCCAGUGAUCCCGACAUUUAUUUUGCCGCGUACUUGGUGUCUGGAGCUCCUUACUUCGCUAGUCGCUUAUGUAUUUUUAUUCCUGGGUUGCAUCCACUUGUGACGUUCCACCCGCUAAUGUCAAAGACAAACAAUUUUGUACAGGAGAUGUUAAUGUAA